AGCGACACACCUUCAGUGGAGGGAGAGACAGAGAGAGGGAGGGAGAGAGAAAGAGAGGAGUGCAUCCAGAGUGCGCAUUAACAGCCAUAUGGAAUAUUUAUCACAGGCUUUAUACUAAAAAAGCAGCCCCGCAAAGCCGUCAGGAGCCGUCAGGAGCGCGGCAGGACAAGCUUCUCCAGGUGCGUUUGGUUUCAAACAAGUUGGACUCAGUGAAGACAGUUUGCUGAAUUUACAGAAUAUUUUUGGAGUGACUGUGGGAAAGAUGGGAGGAAAGGGGUGGCGCGGGCUGUUAGUGCUUGUUUGCGUCUCUCUGGUGUGUUUGGCCGCCGUCACGCAAGGGAAGACGGUGAAAUAUCAGACGUUUGAGGAAGACGCGCCGGGGACGGUGAUUGGAAACUUAGCCAAGGACAUCCUCUCCUCCAGCCCGUCCUCCCUGGCGGGCUCCAGGAACAAUUUCCGGAUGAUGAAACAGUUCAACUCGUCUUUCAUCCGUCUGCGGGAGAGCGACGGGCAGCUGAGCGUCGGGGAGCGGAUCGACCGGGAGCGGGUGUGCAAACACACCCUGCACUGCCUCAUCGCCUUCGACGUGGUCAGCUUCUCCAAGGAGCAGUUCAAGCUCAUCCACGUGGAGGUGGAGGUCAAGGACAUCAACGACAACUCCCCCGCGUUCCCCCGCAGGGACUCCAGCCUGGAGAUCUCGGAGAACACGGCGGUGGGGACGCGCAUCCCGCUGGACUUCGCCGUGGACGAGGACGUGGGGAGCAACUACAUCCAGAGCUACCAGAUCUCCGUCAACUCCCACUUCUCCAUCGACGUGCUGAGCAGGGCGGACGGGGUUAAAUAUGCGGAGCUGGUGCUGAUGAAGGAGCUGGACCGGGAGACGCAGUCCUCUUACGCGCUGGAGCUGGCGGCCGUGGACGGCGGGGAGCCGGCCCGCACCGGCACCACCCGCAUCGGGGUCCGGGUCAAGGACUACAACGACAACAGCCCGGUGUUCGACCGGAGCGGCUUCACGGUGGAGCUGCCCGAGGACGCACCGGUGGGGUCCCUGCUGCUGGACCUGGACGCGCAGGACCCGGACGAGGGUCUGAACGGGGAGGUGGUGUACGGGUUCGGGAACCAGGUCCCUGCAGAGAUACGCGCGCUCUUCAGGGUGGACAGGAAGACCGGGCGGCUCACCCUAGAGAGCCAGGUGGACUUUGAGAGUAAGAACACGUACGAAUUCGACGUCCAAGCCACGGAUCUGGGUCCCAACCCGAGCCCGGCCGUGUGUAAGAUAGUGGUGCAGGUGCAGGACGUGAACGACAACGCGCCGGAGAUCUCCAUCACCCCCAUGACCUCCAUCACGGCGGGCAUCGCCUACAUCACGGAGGCGGCGGCCCGGGAGAGCUUCGUGGCGCUGGUCAGCACCUCGGACCGGGACUCCGGGGCCAACGGGCAGGUGCACUGCACCCUGUACGGACACGACCACUUUCGCCUGCAGCAGGCCUACGAGGACAGCUUCAUGAUCGUCAGCUCCAGCCCGCUGGACCGCGAGAGCAUCCCGGAGUACAACCUGACGGUGGUGGCGGAGGACCUGGGCUCCCCCCCGUUCCGCACCAUCACCCAGUACACCGUGCGCCUCACCGACGAGAACGACAACGCGCCGGCGUUCGGCCAGCGCGCCUACGAGGUGUCGGUGCCGGAGAACAACGCGCCCGGCGCCUACAUCACCACGGUGGGGGCCCGGGACCCGGACCUGGGCCCCAACGGGGAGGUGAGCUACCGGCUGGCGGACUCCUACUUCAUGGGCUCCCCCAUCUCCACCUUCGUGUCCCUGGACCCGGCCAGCGGCGCGCUGUACGCGCUGCGCAGCUUCAACUUCGAGGUGGUGAAGCAGCUGGAGCUGCGCGUCACCGCCAGCGACGGGGGCGCGCCCCCGCUGGCCAGCAGCGCCAGCGUGCGCGUGCGCGUGCUGGACCAGAACGACAACGCGCCGGUCAUCACGCACCCGCCCGUGGGCGGCAACGGCUCCACGGAGCUGCCGCUGCCGCGGGACGCGCCGCCCGGGUACGUGGUGACCCGGGUGGAGGCGCGCGACGCGGACGAGGGCGUGAACGCGCAGCUGUCCUACGCGCUGGCCCCCACUGGGGGGGGGCCCGGGGACCCCCCCACCUUCUCCGUGAACCCCUCCACCGGGGAGGUUUACCUGAACCAUGCGCUGCGCCACGACGUGGACGAGACUCUGCGCGUAAUGGUGACGGUGACGGACGGCGGCGCGCCCGCGCUCACCUCCACCGCCACGCUGCUGCUGCUGCUGGUGGAGGGGCCCCCGCCCAGCGGCAGGAGCGCGCACCCGCCGGGGGGCGAGCCCCGGGCGCCCCCCCACUGGGACCUGUCCGUGGUGAUCAUCGUGGUGCUGGCGGGCAGCUGCACGCUGCUGCUGCUGGCCAUCAUCCUCAUCGCCACGUCCUGCAACCGCCGCCCCCACGACAAGGACGGGGACGACCGCGAGUCCUACGGGGAGAAGCCCAUGCACGGGAGGCCCCACCCGGGGGGGGACAACCCGCUGCUGCCGCUGCACGGGCCCCCCGCAGGGGGGGCCUACGAGGGGGGGUUCCCCCCCGCGCAGCCCGCCGGCAGCGACCUGUGCUCCGCGUCCGAGGACGGCAGCGAGGUGCCCUGCGUGUACGAGUCGGACAGCAGCAGCAAGAUCCGGGGGAAGAAACACGAGGGCUACUCCACCCUGCCCGGCUACGGGAACGGCAAGGAGGCGGUGCGGCCCGUCACCAUCUGGAAGGGCAACUCCUACACCACCAUCUCCGCCAGGGACCCCGCCUUCAGCGGCAAGGACAGCGGCAAGGGGGACAGCGACUUCAACGACAGCGACAGCGACGUCAGCGGAGACACCGGCCUGAAGAAAGACGGGGCCGUGGUUCCCCCCAUGGGGGGCCAGAAUGCUCUAUGGGCCUGCACCAGCGAGUGCAAGGUCCUGGGCCACUCGGACCGCUGCUGGAGUCCCUCGGCGGUCAGGGCCAAUGCGGCCCCCUCCCCGGCCCCCACCCUGUCCUCCUUCAGCAGCCUGCCCAAGACGGCCUCCCUCCCGCGGGACCCCCACCGCAGGGACAACUACUACCAGGCCCAGAUCCCCAAGACCGUGGGGCUGCAGAGCGUCUACGAGAAGGUGCUGCACCGGGAGUACGACUACGUGUUGGUCACCCCCCCCAGGCCCGUCAGGGUGACGGAGAUCAGCGACAUGGCCAUCCCCGUCUACACCCCCACGCCCACACACUGUCCCGACGACCAGGCCUAGGACACACGUCUGCACACUCAAGGACACUCAAAGAAAUGUACAGUCUACUCAGAGUUUAACUUUAAGAUUUAUUGUCCAUGACAGUUAUGUGAGAGUAUUAUAAGCUAUUUGUUAUUGGGGGGUGCAUAUCUAAGUUUAUCCUGAUAUAUGUGUGUGUGUGUGUGUGUGUGUGUGUGUGUGUGUGUGUGUGUGUGUGUGUGUGUGUGUGUGUGUGUG